AUGGCUGCCGAAACUGCUACAAAGCGGAUCAAGCCCGACCCCCUCAUCAUCGGCACCCACAAUGGCCACUUCCAUGCCGACGAAGCCCUGGCGGUCUAUAUGCUUCGUCUCCUUCCCGAGUAUGCCUCUGCCGCUCUCGUACGCACUCGAGAUCCCGCCCUCCUAGAGACCUGCCACACUGUUGUUGAUGUCGGCGGCGAGUAUGACGCCUCCAAGAACCGCUAUGACCAUCAUCAACGUUCAUUCAGCACCGCAUUUCCCGACCACAAGAUCAAACUGUCCUCUGCUGGCCUGGUGUACAUGCAUUUUGGCAAGGCCAUCAUUGCCCAACACACCAAGCUCCCGAUCGAUCACCCGGACGUCGAGUUGCUCUACCGCAAACUGUACGAUGACUUCAUUGAGGCGGUUGAUGCGAACGACAACGGAGUAUCUAAAUAUGAUGGCUCGCUACUGGAACAGGCAGGCAUUGAGCAGAGGUUCAAGGACAGUGGAUUAACACUCGCGAGUUUGGUCAAUGACUUGAACCACGAAGACCCCUUGACCUUGGGUGCGCCCUCACGGUCCACUGAAGAUCAGCCCCAAGCUGAGGAGGACUAUAGAUUUACACAGGCAUCGACUCUUAUGGGUACCGUUUUCUUGCGCAAACUCCACGGCGCGGCUACUGCCUGGCUUCCUGCACGCGCCAUUGUCAAAGAAGCGUUUGAGUCCCGCACCAAAGAACAUGCCUCCGGUCAACUUUUGGUCCUGCCACGCGCUGGUGUUCCUUGGAAAGAGCACCUUUACAAUAUUGAGGAUGAAAACAAACUGCCUGCGCAGAAGAAGAUUCUCUACGUGAUCUAUCCCGAAAAGGAGGAGCCUGGGUCCAAAUGGAGAAUCCAGGCGGUCAGCAAAGACUUUUCAAGCUUUGAAAAUCGAAAAAGCUUACCAGAGCCGUGGCGUGGCGUGAGGGAUGAAGAGCUAGAUGCUCUAUUGGGCGAUGCUGUUGAGAAUGGCGCAGUCUUUGUUCAUGCGAGUGGCUUCAUCGGAGGUCACAAGACAGAGGCUGGUGUCAGGGCCAUGGCUGGCUUGGCUCUGGCUGGGUGA